UCCUCCUCCGCAGUCAUCAGGCUGCUAUGUCUCAGAUUGGGAGUCAGAGUGAGAGCUUGUGGACAGGACCUUCCUCUUCCCUCUCCUCCUCCUCCUCCUCUUCUUCUUCUUCUUCUGCGGUGGUUGAUCAUCUUCUGUCCUCCUCGUCCUCCGUCCUGCAGCAACACUUUGGAUUUCUUUCUGCGUCUCGUCUCCCUUCCUUCCUCUCCGCUCCGCUCCGAGGCUCGUGUUCGGGAUUCGGAGGACGACGCGCACACCGGCAGGCGCGUGCGUGGCGUGCACGCGGACAUGGAGCUGCUGCGCGUGUUGUUCUUGUGGAUAUUGCAGUGCAACAGCGUGCACGCGGACUCCAUCAUUCACAUUGGUGCAAUAUUCGAGGAGAACGCGGUGAGGGACGACGAGGUGUUUCAGUUGGCCGUGUCCGACCUCAGCUUGAGUGACGACGUCCUGCAGAGCGAGAAGAUCACGCACUCCAUUAAACUCAUCCAGCCCGACAACCCCUUCCAGGCCGUGCAGGAGGCCUGCGAGCUGAUGAACCAGGGCAUCUUGGCGCUGGUGACAUCGACGGGCUGCGCCUCGGCCAGCGCGCUGCAGUCGCUGACGGACGCCAUGCACAUUCCCCACCUGUACAUCCAGAGGAACAGCGGGGGCUCGCCGCGGACCGCAUGCCAGCUCAACCCGACGCCCGGGGGCCGCGGGUACACGCUGGCCGCACGACCGCCCGUCCGUCUCAACGAGGUCAUGCUGACGCUGGUGGACGAGCUGCGCUGGCAGAAGUUCAUCGUGUUCUACGACAUCGAGUACGACAUGCGAGGCCUUCAGGCGUUCCUGGACGAGACGUGUCGUCAGGGUCUGGAGGUGUCGGUGCAGAGGGUGGACAGGAACAUCAGCAGAGUCUUCACAGAGCUCUUCACCUCCAUGAGGACGGAGCAACUCAACCGCUACAGGGACACGCUGAGGAGAGCCAUCCUGCUGCUCAGCCCCCACGCCGCCCACGCCUUCAUACAGCAGGCGGUGGAAACCAACCUGGCGUCCAAGGACAGUCACUGGGUGUUUGUUAACGAGGAAAUCAGCGACACAGAGAUCCUGGAGCUGACCCACAGCGCGCUAGGCCGCAUGACGGUCAUCAGGCAGAUCUUCCCGCUGUGGAAGGACAGCAGCGCUCGAUGUCUGCGACACAACCACCGCAUCUCCUCGUUGCUGUGCGACCCUCAGGAGGGAUACCUGCAGAACCUGGAGGUGUCCAACCUCUACCUGUAUGACAGCGUGCUGAUGCUGGCCAACGCCUUCUACCGGAAGCUGGAGGACAGGAAGUGGCACAGCAUGGCCAGCCUCAACUGCAUCAGGAAGUCCACCAAGCCCUGGAACGGAGGCUGGUCCAUGCUGGAGACCAUCCAAAAGGGCAACAUCACAGGUCUGACGGGGACGAUGGACUUUAAGGACAGCGGCGCCAACUCUCACGUCCACUUCGAGAUCCUCGGCUCGAGUUUCAGCGAGACCUUCGGCAAGGACGUCAAGAGGCUGGCGACGUGGGACGCGGUUAACGGUCUGAACGGGAGCCUGAAGGAGAGUCGCAUUGAGAACGGCAUGCAGGGAGUGACGGUCAAAGUGGUCACCUUGCUGGAGGACCCGUUCGUCAUGGUGGCUGAGAACAUUCUGGGCCAGCCCAAAAGGUACAAAGGUUUCUCCAUCGACGUUCUGGACGCCCUCGCCAAGCUCCUAGGCUUCAAAUACGAGAUCUAUCAGGUGCUCGACAGCAAAUACGGAUCUCAGCUUCCCAACGGCUCCUGGAACGGGAUGAUCGGCGACCUCAUCAACAAGAAAGCCGACCUGGCGGUGUCGGCCAUCACCAUCACGCCGGAGCGGGAGAAUGUGGUGGACUUCAGCAAGCGCUACCUGGACUACAGCGUCGGCAUCCUGCUGAGAAAACCUGAAGAAAAGAUCAACAUCUUCUCGCUCUUUGUGCCCUUUGACCUGGCCGUGUGGGCCUGCAUCGCCGCCGCCAUUCCCGUGGUGGGCGUGCUCAUCUUCCUCCUCAACAGGCUACAGGCUCUGCGCUCCUCCUCCGCGCGGAACGUCCCGCCGGGUCAGCCCGCCAAUGGUGUGGGGUCCGGUUCCCUCCACAGUGCCAUCUGGAUCGUCUACGGCGCCUUCGUCCAGCAAGGUGGGGAUGGCGUGGUGGGCUCGGUGGCUCUGAGAAUCGUCAUGGGCAGCUGGUGGCUCUUCACGCUCAUCGUGUGCUCGUCCUACACCGCCAACCUGGCAGCGUACCUCACCGUGUCCCGCAUGGACCACGCCAUACGGUCCUUCCAGGACUUGGCGCGGCAGAUGGACGUGGACUACGGCACGGUGAGGGACUCGGCCGUGUACGACUACUUCCGGAACAAAGGCACCAACCCCCUGGAGCAGGACGGCACCUACGCCGAGCUGUGGAGGAGCCUCAGCAAGAACAACGGCAUGGACUACUGCGUGUCCAGCCCCUCAGAGGGAAUACGCAAGGCCAAGAAGAGUCCCUUCGCCUUCCUGUGGGACAUGGCGGUGCUGGAGUACGCCGCUCUGACGGACGACGACUGCACCAUCACCGUGUCGGGUAGCGGCGUCAGCAGCAAAGGUUACGGCAUCGCCAUGCAGCACGGAAGCCCCUACAGGGACCUCUUCUCCCAAAAGAUCUUGGAGCUGCAGGAGAAAGGCGACCUGGAUAUCAUGAAGCAGAAGUGGUGGCCUCGCACGGGCCGCUGCGACCUCAGCAGCCACGCCAGCGCCCACCCCGACGGCCGCUCCCUCAAGCUGCACAGCUUCGCGGGCGUCUUCUGCAUCCUGGCCGCCGGGCUGCUGCUGGCCUGCCUGGUGGCCGGCCUGGAGGCGUGGUGGAGCAGCAACCGGUGCCGCCGGGAGCAGCCCAAAGAGGUCGCUAAGGAUUACAGGCUGGCUAUGGUUUCGGGUCCGUUGACUUAUAAUGACUUUACCUGCACGGCUUCGUCGGAGGGGAGGAGGGACAUUUGGACAGACAGACAGAGAGGCUGGGAUGAAGCAGAUGCGAUUGGCACAGGUCAGAAUAGAGCUGCUCUCAAACUCUCCUCAAGAAAACACCACCACCGAGGCGCUCUCGCUGACAAACAAUCUUAAAAACAGGACUCGUUCGUCUAAACAUCCACACAUCAAAGAUGUCAGUAAAAAUGCUGAGCAAUAACGACUAAAGCCUCAAUCGACACUUGGUUGGAUUUGAACUGACACAUUCAGUCGGGCAUGUUAGCUUUGUCUUCAUCAAGUAGUGAUACCGAUUACUUUUUGGGCAUUUUUUAUAUCGAUUUAUAACUGAUAGAUAACCUUUUUGGCAUUUGUUUCCAAUACCGUUUUUAAUGUUUUGUUGUUGUUGUUUCCACUACCAGUUACCUUUAUGGCAUUUGUUCCCCAUACUGAUUACCUUUUAUUUUCGAUACCAGUUAUUGUUUUGGAAUUUCUUUCCGAUACCAAUACCGAUUACCUUUUUGGGUAUUUUUUUCCCAAUACAAAUUACCCUUUUGGCCUUUUCUUCUGAUACAGAUGGUUGUCCUUUGGGGGGGGGGGGGUUCAAUACCAAUUACCUUUUGGCAUUUAUAUCCAAUACCGAUACCAAUAACCUUUUUUGUCAUUUGUUUUUGGAUAUCGAUAAAGAUUACCUUUUGUCAUUUUUUGAUAUUGCUACCGAAGACCUUUUCUUGGAUUUAAAAAAAAAUAAUUUUUUUCUGAUGCUAAUACCGAUUACCUUUUUGGGAGAUUUUUUUUUGUAAUACCAGUGACCUUUUCGGAUUUUUUUUUUUUUUUUUUUUUUACAAAACCGGUACGGAUUACUUUUUUGGCUUCUUUUUCAAUAUUGAUAUCGUUUACCUUUUUGGUAUUUUUUUAUUUGUUUUGAUACCAAUAGUAAAAUGCAUGACAAAUACUGACCAACUUUUGUGUAUUUUUCAUAGAAUAUUAGUCCUAUUAUUAGUCUAAUAUUAGUAAUAAUAUCUAGUAGUAAUAGUAAGAAUAUAUAUUAGUCAUAGGCAAUAUUUUAUUUUGACACAAUGUAACCCAAACAGUUCAGGGACAAAGACGCUAAAGGUGCUAAAAAUGGUGGUAAAAGUAGUAAAAGUAGCGUCAGGAAGAGCACAGGAGCAUUCUCCACUGCCACAGUCUUCACAAAGUGGUGGGGGAGGGGCACCGCUGUAAAACGCACCCCGCGGGGAGCGAUGGUGAAUGCAGAUGUUUGUUUUUCUAAUUAUUGGAAGCUUUUGAGGCGCCCGUGCUUUUGUUUGUUUUGCACUUAGACGGCAGUCUGUCUUUAACGACGGUCCAAACACUAAGACACACUGAGAUGUUUUCAUUGGCCUGCCGACGCAUCGUUGAGCUCAUGUCUGGGCUGUAAAAAAGUGUGAAUACGGCAAAACCGACACAAGUUCACCCUCUGCGGCCGCGUCAACGUGCACGCUCGCAGGAGGUGCUCUCACUGCGCUACUUGACUUCCUCUGAAGGCCUCCACGUCCUCAAAUGUCAUCCAACACGUCCACCGCCUCCCCUCAGACACGCAGAGAGCUUUUAGUUAUGACACCCGCCACUAGGGGCAGCAACGACACCCAAACAAACCAGUGUGCGUGCGCGUGUUUGUGUGUGUGUAUUAUGGAUACACAGCGUCAAUGUGUGUGUGUCAGUGGGAUGACUUACUCGGACUAAUAUCACUACACCUCUCAGAGCACUUUGUUGUAAACUGUCGCACUUUGAUGACCUGAAGCCAAAAUUCAACAAGAAUAUCAAAUGUUGAAAUGUGACAUCAUCUCCAUCUCUCACCUGCCUUUCACCACUGGACUUCACUUAGUGACCGACGAGUUGCUUAAUCACGACUUGAUUAACAUCUAGUUUAUUAAUCACUAAUGAAUUAAAAACUUGAUUGACUACUUGAAUAAUCAAGCUGUAGAGCGGAUUAGUAACUAUUUGUGUGAUGACUAGUUGAUUAAUAACUAGUUGAUUAUGACUAAUUGAUUAAUAUCUUGUUUAAUGACUAGUUGAUUAAUGACAAGCUGAUGAAUGACUAGUUGAGUAUGACUGAUUGAUUAAUAACUUGUUUAAUGACUAGUUGAUUAAUCAAGAUGACGAGAUGAUUAAUGACUAGUUGCUUAACACCAGUUGUUCAUUAAUGACUAAAUUAUUAAUAACUUGAUUAUUGACUAGUUGAUUUAUGAGUAGAUUAAAGUGGAUUAAUUGACUAGUUGAUUAAUCAAUACGACUAGUUGAUUAAUUACUAAUUAGUUAAUAACUACUCGAUUAAUGACAAGGUGAUAAAGAUGACAAUCUGAUUGACUAAUUGAUUAAUGAUUAGUUUAUUAAUCAACACAACCUGCUGAUUAUUGAUUAAUAACUUGUUGAUUAAUGACCAGUUGAUUUAUAAGUAGUUGAUUGACUAGUUGAUUAAUCAACACUAUUAGUUGAUUGACAAAGUUGAAAAUUUAUUAAUGAUGAAGUGAUUGACUAGUUGAUUAAUGACUAAUUCAUAACUACUUGAUUAAUUACUAGUUGAUAAAGAUAACAAGCUGAUUGUAGUUUAAUUAAUUAACACAACCUGAUGAUUAAUGACUUAUUCAUGAAUAAUUUGUUGAUUGUUCGCUAAUUAUAACUACUUCAUCAGUGAUUAGUUGAUGAAUAACUGAUCAACACUAUGUUGGUGAAUGAUUAGUUUAUUUCUAGUUCAUCAAUAACAAGUUGAUUAAUGAGUAGCUAAUUAGUUAACAUGAAUAGGUGAUUGAAUAACCAUUGAUGGACGAGUUGCUUAAUGAGCAGUUGCUUAAUGAGCAUUCAUCAACACAAUUAGUUGAUGAAUGAUUCAUUGAUUAAGACUAGUUGAUUAAUCAACACAAUUAGUUGAUGAAUGAUUCAUUGAUUAAGACUAGUUGAUUAAUCAACACAAUUAAUUGAUGAAUGUUUCAUUGAUUAAGACUAGUUAAUUAAUCAACACAAUUAGUUGAUGAAUGAUUCAUCGAUUAAGACUAGUUGAUUCAUCAACACAAUUAGUUGAUGAAUGAUUCAUCGAUUAAGACUAGUUGAUUCAUCAACAUGUCUAGCUGAUGAAUGACUAAUUAAUGAGUUGGUUGAUGACAAGCAGUAAAGGACAGUUUUACAACAAAAUCCUGGUCCAGACAUCCAGUCUUCACUUCUCAGCAACCAAAUUUGAUUUCAAGUUCUUUUGGGUCCAAAGGGGUCUGCAUGCCCAGCAGGAUGGAAAGAAAGCGGGCCGUGGCCAAUCUCAGCCUCUGUGUCCCUCCUCCUCCCCCCUCUGUCCCCCCCACCCCCACCCCUGUAGGACAAGGAGGUGAACCUGGAACAGGUCCAUCGUCGUAUGAACAGUCUUUUGGACGAGGACUUGGCCCACAAGCAGAUCCCAGGGCCCUCUAUCGAGAUCUCUGCGCUGGACAUCGGCAGCAUGCGGGCCAGCCAGGCGGCCAUGGUGC